AAGAUACUCAUACAUAUACAUACACAGACAUACACGCACUCACGCGCACACGCGCACACACAGACACACACGCAGACACAGAGUCCAUACACACAUAGUGCCAUUCCUCCUGGAGAACAGCAGCAGUUUCUUGUUCGCUCCGCUUCUUGCCAAAGAAGUUUACAGCGAAGUUUUAUCUGCUCGUUUAUCGUCUAAAUUGCGAAAAGGAGAAAAGGAAAAAAGAAAAAAACUUCUGUCUCUAACUUGAUAUAUUUAUCAAACUACCACCAGGAUAUAUAAUUAACUGUUUAUGUAUAUAUGUAUAUAUAUUUACACACAUACAUAUACUUAUAAUAUAUAACUACUUUAAAUUAUAUUUAUAUAUAAAUAUAUAACUAUAUAUAAAUAUAUAUACAUAUAUAAUUUCAAAUCUACGACUUGUUCGUUUUUCAAAAGAUGGCACUUUCAAACUUUGUUCAGCUAACGUGGACAUGUCUUGCAGUGGGGAUUUUCUUUCAUGUCAUCUAUGGGAAUCCUGUUGCUCCCGUUGAUCAAGAAGAAACCACAGAUGAUGAUAGUUUUCCAUUAGAUAAUGAAGAGGAAUGCCAGCCAAAAAAUGUAACGUCAUGUCCUCCAGACCAUUGCUGUGUCACAGAGAUUCUUGCGUACCAGCCAAGUUUCAAGGGCCAGAGAGCAGCCGGCCAUUUGGUAUGUCGACGCAUGCGCGACGAGGGAGAACUGUGUAUUUUGAAGGACGCCUUACACAUUUGUCCAUGUAGAGAAGGUCUCGACUGUGUGGAAAUGGACGAUUCGGAUUAUGGACACUGUUCGCGAAUAUAGGCCGAAUAUAAUUCAAAGUCAGAAUCAGUAGCAGCGGUUACAAUAACAGCAAUAGCAACAACUGCAUCCAUGACAGAGCGGCAAUAAUAAUAACAUCAGCAACAACAAUCGACACAUAAAAAUUCUCUAUCUGGUACUACAACCACAUCAACCUCCUCUUCCUGCUGCUGUUGCUACUACUAUAGUUACUACUACUACUACUACUACUACUACUACUACUACUACUACUACUACUACUACUACUACUACUACUACUACUACUACUACUUCAUCACCAACUCACCACCACCACCACCACCACCAUCACCACCACUACUACUAAUAAUAAUGAUUAUAACAAUACCAAUUACAACUAAAACAAAUACAACAACAACAUCAAUAAAUGCACGCAGUUCACCAUGUACGCAUUUCUAACACAUCAUAUCACAUCCCACACAGCACAUUUUCUGCCCAAUCACCGUCCCAGCACUCUAACAUAUAAUUCUAAUCAUACAGAGCACACGAAACAUAGUCACUGCCCCAUGAAAUAAACAUACCUCACAUUACUCAUAAACUACACAACUUACAAAAUAACCCCAAGUAAAUUCCAACCAACAAAACCAAGAUCCACCUGUACUAAACCAUGUCAAACUGAUCUCAAAAAAAGACAAUGCUUAAUAUCCGUCUGGUUAACGGACGUGCAUUUAAUGCAUGUGCAAUUAAACUUGCAUGAAAAUUUUGAUAAUAAUGUUUCGUUGAUUAGUAUAUUGUGUUUCCAAUAACAGUAGAAUUCAGUAUCUUGUUCAGCCACUGUGGGUAACCGUAAUAAAAAGAAUAGAAAAGAAGCUUUGUAAUGAUAACGUAUAAGCAAGUGGAUGAUGAGACUUUCAACGCUUUCUCAAAUGGCAAUAAAGUCAAUAAGAAGGAUACUUACACACACACACACACACAUACACACACACACACACACGCACACACAUGCACGCACGCACACAUACAAACACACACACACACACACACACGCACACAUGCACACACAGUAUACACUAUAUUUAGUAUCAAUGCUACUAUUGGUUUCAUGCGUAAAUAGUCGAAAUUUUCAAGCGUUCCUCUUAAUUCGUUUCAAUGUUAUAUAAGGCUACUUUGUUCAGCUUGGAAACGGAUACCAAUGCUUCUAAGUGAAAUACUUGAGUAAUGUAUUCAUAUGAUUUUCAAUAUUGUGAAAUCGAAAUCAGGGAACAAAUUGUAGCAUUGUUAACACGUA